AUGAUGCAUCUACAAGAGGCAAUCCAACAACAACCUUUUUGUGAACUUUUGAUUGAAGAUGAAAGAGAAGCAAGGCAAGAGUAUAAAGUGGUGUAUAAGGCCUACCUAUCCUUUCUGCUUCAAAAUGCUAAAUUGAAUUGGGUUAAAGAAGGUGAUACUAACACUGCCAUCUUCCAUGCAAGUCUUCGGGCUAGAAGGGCUAGAAAUAGAAUCUAUUCAAUAACGGAUAUGGAAGGGAAGUGGGUGGAGAAACAAGAUCAAGUAAGUCAUGAUUUCUUGAAUUUUUAUAAAGACCUUCUAGGUUCUAAAAUGGCUAAGAGGAAAUCGGUAUUUACUAGUCUAGUCUCCCAUGGUACAAUUCUGAAUGAGCAACAACAAAGACUAAUGGUGCAGAACUAUACCAAGGAGGAGGUUAAAGAGGCAAUAUUUAUGUGUGAAGCUGUGCUAUCCUUUUUGCAUUUGGGGAAGUUGCUGAAAGAACUCAACUCAUCAACACUUACUCUUAUUCCUAAGAGUAAAUGUCCUGAAUCAGUAAGUGACUUUCGCCCCAUAGCUUGUUGCAAUGUUCUUUAUAAAGUUGCUACUAAAAUGAUUUGUGCAAGAAUGAGAUCAGUGUUGCCAGUUUUAGUAGCUCAGAAUCAAAGUGGUUUUGUGCAGGGGCGAUUCAUUGCCUAUAACAUCAUGGUCUGUCAGGACUUGGUUAGGCACUAUGGAAGAAAGAAUGCUAAGGUCAAUUGUAUGAUUAAGCUGGGUUUGAGGAAGGCAUAUGAUACAAUUGAAUGA